AUGGUGUCGAAAAGAAAGCCAGCUGUGCCUAGUUCACAGGAGAUCAAAAUCUCCAAGAAGCUUAAACACAGAGUGGGACCACUCCCGGUGACAUUGCUUUCAGGUUUUUUGGGCAGUGGGAAGACAACACUCCUUCAACACAUACUACAGAGCAAUCAUGGUCUUCGGAUCGCUGUGAUUGUCAACGACAUUGGUGCAGUGAAUGUCGACGCCACGACCAUUCAAUCGACCCAUCGCAUACGGAAGACGGACGAAAAAGUCAUCGCGCUGCAGAAUGGAUGUAUCUGCUGUACUCUCCGACAGGACUUAUUGUCUGAGUUGGUUGAGCUGUCCGAAAAACAUGUUUUCGACUACGUUAUUAUCGAAAGCAGCGGAAUCAGCGAGCCAGGACAAGUGGCCGAGAGCUUCGAUUCGAAGCUGACAAGACACAUGUACAAUAUGCUGAAGGAACAGGGUGAGCUGGAUGAGAAUGAAGCAUUAAAGAAGCUGCACAAAGCCGGCGAAGCUGGUAUGGGUAAAUUUGCUCGCCUGGACACCUCUGUCACUGUCAUUGACUCCUUCACCAUCUACAACGACUUCAACACUGCGGACCUGUUAUCUAGUCGACGCAACGAUGUAACCCCGGAAGACGAGAGGACGGUAUCAGACCUGAUGGUCGACCAGAUCGAGUUCGCAGAUGUGAUUAUCCUCAACAAGACUGACAUGGUCGAUGAAGCGGUGUUGGCCAAGACGAAGGCACUUGUCAGGACCAUGAAUCGAGAGGCCAAAAUCCUAUGCUCCAACUACGGUAAGGUCGACGUGGGAGAACUCGUGAAUACUGGAUUGUUCAGUCUGGACAAGGCUCAGACAAGCUCUGGGUGGAUGCGCGACCUGCAUGAGUUGAUGAUCAGGGAGGUGAACGGAAAGACCUCGAUAACUCCAAAGCCAGAGACGGAGGAGUACAACGUGCGUAACUUCGUGUAUAAGCGACAUCGUCCUUUCCACCCCGAAAGACUUUGGAGACUGGUAUACGACAAAUUCAUCCUGCAGCUUGAACACCCUGAUUUGGAAGAGGACAGCGCUGCUCCAACACCAGAAAUCACUGCUCAAAAGCCAGGUCUCGUUGCGGUUGACGAUGGUGAAUUUGAUGGUACAAUGGACGAUAUUCAGCCAAACAAUGGGGACUGGGAGGACGAAGACACUGAUAUGGAGGGCGAGGUCACCAUGUCAGAUGGCUCAGAGAUUUCAAGCUCAGGGGAGACAUCAUUAACUUCCCCCACGGCUGACAGACCCGAGAGCAGCGUAUUCGACAAAAAAGACACCAGAAUGGACUUUGCUGAUCCCAACGUCGAGGAGGCUCUGGCUACGCCGCCCAAGGACGUCGUCCUGGCAAAUAAGCGUGCUCACCCACUCUUUGCCCGGCUCUUUCGCUCCAAGGGAACGUACUGGCUCGCAACUAGGCCCGACUACCGCGGGAUAUGGUCGCAGGCAGGAGCAAUGCUGACGUUGGUCGGCAGCACCAGGUGGGACGUCACCCUCACCCCUGAAGAGCUGUCACAGCUAUACCACGAGGACACCACCGAUCCGGAAAUCAUGAAACAGGUGCGUCAUGACAUCGAGAGUGGUGGCGAAUGGGGGGACAGGCGGCAGGAAAUAGUGUUUAUCGGAGAGAAGCUGGAAGUCCGGGGAAUUGAACUUGCCCUAGAUGAAUGCUUGUUGACGGACGCUGAGUGGAAGCGUUGGAAGCGAGGGAUGAGAUCUGUGGUUAAGAAUCAGACAAGACUCAGAACUUUGAUGGAGAAGCUGGAUGCUGCCAAAGAAACCUUGAUCGAUGGCUUUGAGGAUGCCUUUCCUGAGUGGGAGGGCCAUUUCCAAGACGAGGAGUACGGACAUAACGAAGAUGAUGAAGACAACGGGCAGCACCUUCACCAACACUGA